AUGGUAGUGACCUUGUGCGGAGGUGUGGAAUUUGGCUUCGCUAGCAAUGACCCAGAUAUGAAAUUUAGAACAUUAACAACAACAAAAAACCGACAGACAAGACUGCGAGCGUCGCUCUUCUUGAAAGCGCCUGUCACUCAGGCGCCUGUCACUCAGGCGCCUGUCACUCAGGCGCCUGUCACUCAGGCGCCCGUCACUAAGGAGCCUGUCACUCAGGAGCCCGUCACUCAGGCGCCCGUCACUCAGGCGCCUGUCACUCAGGCGCCUGUCACUCAGGCGCCUGUCACUCAGGCGCCUGUCACUCAGGCGCCUGUCACUCAGGCGCCCGUCACUAAGGAGCCUGUCACUCAGGAGGCCGUCACUCAGGCGUCUGUCACUCGGGCACCUGUCACUCAAGAGGCCGUCACUCAGGAGCCCGUCACUCAGGAGCCUGUCACUCAGGCGUCUGUCACUCAGGCGCCUGUCACUCAGUAG